CCGCCGACGUAAUAGGCAGCCCAAAACAGGAUCGGCGGUGGCAGCAGCGCCGACGACAGCAGAGGCCAAACGCUUGCUCACCACCGGACGCAUAGUAUGCCAGCUUGGGGAUGCCCACAACGAAAUUAGUAAUCCUGCUCGUUGCCCUCCUCGGAGCGUCCCAUGCCUACAUCUUGACCGGAGUGGCCCCCGGGCUAGGCCCUGAAGAGCCCAGCUUUAUGUACACAAACUUUGGCCUCAUCUACGGAACCAGGGAUCUGCAAGAGCAGUUCCGAGGAGGUCCAGCUACGGAUGAAAUCAACCAUCACCAGAUGAGCAUCAUCGGCACCGUCGGCAUGAUACCGGAAAAUGUUACGCCGUAUCAAGGAGACAAUGAUGUGGCGGAAGCGGAGAAAAAAUAUGUUUGGUUUCAGGUGUGAUUAUUCGUCACUGGAACGGACAUGCAUUGUGCCAGAAGACGUGUGGAGAGCUCCACAGGAAUGCCGAGUUUCGUGUUCAACGCAUACCUGUAACUUAUGUGUUGUUACAUUUCGUUUGCAUUUUGCUGACUUAGUGAUAUUCCUAGCUCACCUUUUUGUGAGUAAUAAACGUUUGAUUUGU